GUUGUAAUGCUUUGUAAAUGUUAUGCACACAUAAAUACCAUAGUCAGACAUAAUGUUUAAUAAUGUAGUAAAUAAUUAUAACUUAAAAUGAAAAAGGUUAUGAUGCCAAAGUCACCCACGGGUACUUGUCUUGAAUGUCACAUGAUGGAAGUUUCGUCGUGGGUUUGAUGCUUGAUUGAAGAGCUGUGUCGUAUUCAGCUCACUCGAAUCCAGAACGUUGAUGAAGAAAAGUCUGUGGGUGCCAAUCUCUUCACCGUAGUUUUAUCCAAAAGAGGGACAUUAUUUGUGGUCUGCAUUUCGCAAAAGCUAACUUUGAUUUUGUUUAAUCAGUGAAGCUUCGUAGGCUAACCAUAUCCCCAGAGGCUGCCGCUGCCCAACUGCUGGCGCCAGGCUGAAGUGGAGCGCGCAACGAGUAUUGUCCUGUUGUGGGGCACUAAGUGCGCGACACAUCCACUGCUUCUCCGCGAGUCUGUAGACAAGUGUAGAGCGACGCGAGAGGAACAGUAUUGUAAGAAAAUAGCGCUUUCCUCGACGAGACUUAUUUGUGAAGCUCCUCUUUCUGCCGGCGGCGCCUCCUGCAGUUGUGGAUGUGGUAUGACCCUGUGUGGCAGGAAGGUGUUGACAGUGCUAAGCAGCGUGUUCGCUGUGUGCGCCCUGGGCCUGCUGGGCAUCGCUGUCAGUACUGACUACUGGCUCUAUCUGGAGGAGGGCGUCAUCCUGCCCCUCAAUCAGAGCACUGAGUUACGCAUGUCCCUGCACUCGGGCCUCUGGAGGGUCUGCUUCACAGCUGGAGAUGAGAAGGGCCGUUGUUUCACCAUUGAGUAUGUGAUGCCCACCAACGUGCAGCUGACGUCGGAGUCUACAGUUAGUGUGCUGAAGAUGAUCCGUUCAGCCACUCCCUUCCCCCUGGUGAGUCUCUUCUUCUUGUUCAUUGGUUUUGUCCUGAGCAACAUCGGACAUAUCCGGCCCCACCGCACCAUCCUGGCCUUCAUCUCCGGAAUCUUCUUCAUCCUCUCAGGUCUGUCUCUGGUGGUGGGCCUGGUGUUGUACAUCUCCAGUAUUAAUGAUGAGAUGUUGAACAGGACCAAGACCAACGAGGCCUACUUCAGUUACCAGUACGGCUGGUCCUUCGCGUUCGCUGCCAUCUCCUUUCUGCUCACUGAGACGGCCGGCGUCAUGUCCGUCUACCUGUUCAUGAAGCGCUACACGGCCGAGGAGAUGUACAGACCCCACCCGGGCUUAUACGGGCCGCGCCACAGCAACUGCUCCGACUACUCUGGUCAGUUCCUCCACCCGGACACCUGGGACCAGCACGGCCGCAGCCCCUCCAGCAUCUCCAGCGAAGCCUCGCUCCAGAUGAACCACUCUCUCCACUCCAACUACCCAGCGCUCCUCAAGUGUCCCGAGUAUGACCGCAUGUCCUCCUCCCCAUGCUGAGGCCUGCGUGAAGCCCUGGAGCCUGGGCAGUGGGUUGUAAACACAUCCCCAGGAAGGGAGAGUCUGACUGAGGUGGUAGACUAGGUUGUUCGGUCUAGAGGAGGGCGAUUGAGAGGGCUGAUGGGGAGGCGCCUAGGCUGCGUUUUGUGAGAGAGGGGGGGGUGGCGUAUCUUUUUCCAUGUGUGUGACGACCUCUUUUGAAGUCCUCUUGUAGUGCAGUUUUCUGAAUUUUGACACAUUUGGGAGAUGGCGACCCCCACAGCCGACCUUCCAUUUCUGGUUUUACUCAAAGUACAGUAGAAGUAGUGAUUCUCAAUCAGACCUUGUUCACCUUCGCCGUACAGUACGUUCUCCAUCUUGGUCAAUAUAGAAGCCGAUAUCUCCCCGGUAACCCACGUAGGUCUUCUGUCAACUGUAUAACUUGUAAGAUAAUAUACUAUAAGUGGGUAGAUUGAAAGUGAAACGUUUCUCUCUUUAUUAUCUAUUUAUUUUGACUGUGGGUUUAAUCAUCCCGUCAGAGAGCAGGAUGUUCAUUACACGUCAUUUAUCAAUUUAAAUCUUUUUUUUUUCAUCGUCCAUCUCACGCUCAGCACUGUUGUAACUGUUAAUAAAGACAGAGAUAAUGUUUGUAUAUGUUUGAAUGGAAAGAAACCAGGAAGCUACUACUACAUCCAUGGAGUCCCUGCAGAAUUACAGGAUGUACAUAAUGCAGUGGA